AUGGUGGUCCCAACGUUGGUGUGCGUGGUUCUGCGGUCUUACACUCGAGUAGUCGUGAUCCAAUCCCACGGCGCCGACGACCACGUCUACAAUCUCGCUUUUAUCUGCCUGCUCUGCUACACCAUUUUCAUCACCAUCGCCGCCGAUUAUGGCUUUGGCCAGAGCGCCUCAACGUUGGAGCCAAGCGACCUCUCUAACGCGAUCCUUUUCGAGGCCAUCGGGCAGACAUUCGCGGUCGUAGGAAUGGCUGUUGCAAAAUGGUCACUGGGCCUGUUCCUGUUGCGCAUCAUCCACCUGAGGAUGCACAAGGUUCUGAUCUGGGUCGUCAUGGCCGCGCUUAUGGGGGCCAGCAUCUCUACCUGCUUUGUCUUCUGGCUGCAGUGCACGCCGCCGAAAUAUCUUUGGGACCGCAGCAUUCCAGGAGGAUACUGCCAGGUUGAUUCAACACCGGUGUCUAUGUUGUUGUGCAUCCUUUGUGUCCUGGCGGAUUUCUUCUUCGCCAUUUCUCCGUGGUUCUUUAUUUGGAACCUCCAGAUGGGUCGCCGGGAAAAGAUGGUGACUCUAAUUAGUCUGAGUCUUGGAGUCAUAGCUGGAGCAUUUGGCAUCAAAAGAACGAUUGACGUGCCUCAACUGUCAAGCCCUAAUUACACAAAAGACACAGUCGGCCUCAUAAUCUGGUCAGCCGCCGAAAUCGCCGUCACGAUGAUCUGCAUAGCCGUGCCCGUCUGCCGGCCGCUGUACAACCGCUUCCUCGACAAGUUCACAUCCCGAGGCACGGGCAGCUACGAGAGGCAGGACAAUUCCGGCCAGACCCCCGGGUUCGCACUCCACACCUUCGGCGGGAGCACCUUGUUGCCGCGGGGCGGGGCCGGGCAGCGGAUCGCGGGCAAGAGGCGGACGUCUCCGGGCGGGGACAGCAGCGAGCAGCCCAGCCUUGGGGAGCAGAAGAUGGGGAGUACCUCGACGUAUGCCAUCGCCAUUGGGACCAGGCAGGACGAGAAUCACAGCGACGAGGAGAUUCUGGGCGUUGAGGAGAGGGAUUCCGAGCGGCUGGGUCAGCCCGGGGCGAAUGCGAUCCGUGUCACGGAGGAGGUCAAGGUGACCAGAAGCUAG